GGCGGAGAUUGGGUAACUAGAGACUCGCCAUGUCAGGGCCGGUAAGAGCUGCCAGGCCUGGGGUCGGUGUGGGGGUUAUAGUCACCAGCCCGUCCCAUCCAGGCUGUGUGUUACUCGGGAGGAGGAAAGCAUCGGUCGGAGCCGGAAUGUACCAGCUUCCCGGGGGACACCUGGAAUUCGGUGAAAGCUGGGAGGAAUGUGCAGAACGGGAGACAUUGGAGGAAGCAGGUCUUCACAUCAGACACGUCCAUUUUGCAUCGGUAGUAAAUGGUAUCAGUCUGAAGCAUGAUUACCAUUAUAUUACAAUUAUAAUGAAAGGUGAAGUAGAUAUGAGCUUCCCAUCAGAACCAACCAACCUAGAGCCUGAGAAGAAUGAAGGAUGGAACUGGGUUAAAUGGGAAGAAUUUCCUCCAAAUGACCAACUUUUCUGGGCUUUAUGUUCUUUGAAGCAGCAAGGGUACAAUCCUUUUAGUGAUGAUUUUAAUCAUCUCAGGCCACGUACAGAAAAUCAUCUAUAACAUCCUUGUUUAUUAUCUCCAUGGGAUACAUUUUCAUAAAAUAUAUAGCCAUAUGUUAUAGAGGUUAAUUAAUGCCAUCCCUGGAAGUACAGUGCAGAGAUCUGUCAUUUUAGUAGGCUCAUGUCAAUUUAUUUGUAUUUAUCUUAACUCCUUUCCAAUUCCUACUUUUCCCCUAUGAAGAGCUCCUGAGAUUUACACCUCUCUGUUUUGAGCCGGUCACAACAAACAUACAACGGUUACUAAAGCAAUAAAUGUUUUAAUGUAUGAUAGUGAUGGCUUUGGGAGCUGUUAUAGCUGUACUUGCAUGCUGCUUUGCUCCAGCACCGCCAUUCUCUUAGAAUACUUGGGUGUUACAGUACUGCAGCCCUCUUUGCUGUCAACCUCUCCCCUCUGGAAUUGCUGAUGCUUGGGGACACUGCCUCAGGCAGAGCGAUCCUCCCUGUUGGUGCCAACAUACUGGCUUCGCUGCAUCAUAUCCUCACCAUAAAACAUGAGACUUUUUUGG